CCAAGAUUAAUUGUGAGCGUGUGAUUUGAAGCUGUCUUGCUACGUAAACACAACACUAGAAGAAGACUGGGUUGAAGAUCUUCUAGUUUACGUACUUGGUGGACCGGUCUGCCAGCGGGAAUGCUCAAUCCUCAAAGAUCUUUAUCUGAACUCUCAAAUAUGUCGGGUCCAAGCCAAGCCGAGAGGGCUGUUUUGGUAAGCAAAGCUGUAAGGGUCGGGAUCAUGACAAGCUAGCUAGCUAACAACAUUAAUGGGUUUACCUUGGCUAGCUAGUUAUUAAUCGACGUCAAGCUACCUAUUUUGCUAGCCAACUACUGAUUGUUACUGUUAUGGUUGUACAUGUUCUUAUGCGAUCUUGCGUGAUAGAAAGGGACGUUAGCUAUACACUUAGUGUACAAAACAUUAAGGACACCUGCUCUGUACAAGACAGACUGACCAUGUAAAUCCAGAUGAAAGCUAUGAUCCCUUGUUGAUGUCACUUGUUAAAUGAACUUCAGUCAGUGUAGAUGAAGGGGAGGACUGAGACAGGUUAAAUAAGGAUUUUUAACCCUUGAGACAAUUGAGACAUGGAUUGUGUAUGUGUGCCAUUCAGAGGGUGAAUGGGCAAGUCAAAAUAUGUAAGUGUCUUUGAGUGGGGUAUGGUAGUAAGUGUCAGGCGCACUGGUUUGUGUCAAGAACUGCGAAGCUGCUGGGUUUUUCACGCUCAACAGUUUAUCGUGUGUAUCGAGAAUGGUCCACCACCCAAAGGACAUCCAGCCAACCUGACAACUGUGGGAAGCAUUGGAGUCAACAUGGGCCAACGUCCCUGUGCGACUCAAUAUUAGGAAGGCGUCCUUAAUGUUUUGUACACUCACUGCCAUAGUGCCUGACAGUGCCGAGAAUAAAACUGCUCUGCUGCCUUGCAUCUGCAAGAUCUGGUGUUGUUCUUUGCAAUACCUUUUCUGCUGAUUGUCAAUGACAACGUGAUAUACAGUAUGAUCGAAGUCCUCAUAAUAGUCAUAUUGAAUGAUUGUCACAUUUGCAGCCUUCUAUGGGCGAGGUCACUGCUUCCCUGCCAACCCCAUUAUAUCUAGCCUAUUGUACACACCUACAUCCAUAGGUGUCAAGCGUCACAUUCAGUCCUCAAGGGUGUGCUUCAUCCAAGAACUCCCCAGUGCGAUAUAAGGUAUAUGCAGGGCUUUCUAUAUAGCUAGCUAGUAUACAGGAGUCCCCAGUCUAUAUAUCUAGCUAGUAUACAGAAGAACUCCCCAGUCUAUGUAGCUAGCUAGUAUACAGAAGCAGGUCUCUUAAAGAUAGUGGUAUGUAUGUAGAUACUGUACACAGGCACAAGAGCAUCAUGUCUGUGUUGCGUCCUGUCAGAUGAGAUUCCUACCAUAGAAUUAGUGAAUCAUUCUAAUUCUAUGAUUCCUGCAUUCAGGGAAGAAGAACCACAAACACAGCAUUCUAAGAACACCAGUGGAGUUCUAAUUGGAACCAUGAUAAUGUGAACAUUCUAGAACAGAACAAUCCUGUCUCAAUCUACCCCUAUCUCUGCUGACCACCACAGUAACUCUUGUUUGUCUUCUCUCUCUCCCUCCCUCUCCUCUCUCUCCCCCUCCCUCUCCUCUCUCUCCCCCUCCCUCUCCUCUCUCUCCCCCUCCCUCUCCUCUCUCUCCCCCUCCCUCUCCUCUCUCUCCCCCUCUCCUCUCUCUCCCUUCCUUUCUUCCUCUCUCCCACCCUCCCUUCCUCUCAGGAGGAGGAGUUUAACUGGUUGCUGAAGGAGGAGGUCCAUGCUGUUUUGAAGCAGCUCCAGGAUAUACUCAAGGCAAAUAUUAGGCACACAUCUAGGAUCAGCUUCCUCUCUACCUAUCCUAACCUUAACAUUAGUGGGGGAAAGUCCCAAACUGAUCCAAGAUCAGUGUCUAGGGGCAACCUCAACCUACACAGGGGUACUCAACUCUUACACUACGAGGUCCGGAGCCUGCUGGUUUUCUGUUCUACCUGAUAAUUAAUUGCACACACCUGGUGUCCCAGGUCUAAAUCAGUCCCUAAUUAGAGGGAAACAAUGAAAUAAUUCAGUGGAACUGUCUUCGAGGUCCAGAGUUGAGUUUGAGGGCUACACCUAAGUAUUGACUCCAUAGGAUCAAAGAGCUCCGAUCACAAGACAAUGGUGUCACUGAGUGUCUUAACACUGCUGAGUUGUCAAUAUUGGAUUAGACCUAGCUGUGGUACACUGACCCCAUAGCCAUAGGUGAUGAUCCUUUAAGAAUAGAUGAUCCUGGCUAAUGAUGAACCAUGUAGAACAAAUGCAUUCCAAGACAUUUCAACUUUGGCUAGGUUGUUGUGUAACUCAAUUCUUCAAAUGUUGUUUGAUUUCAGUGUACUGUUGUCUGAGUUGAUUGCUGUUUGUGCUCAAGUUUCUCAAGACAUUUGAUUGAGUUAUUGAUGGAGAUAUUUAUGAUACUGUAACUAGAUUAUGUACUAUAACUAUACUGAACAAAAAUAUAAACGCAACAAUUUCAUUGAUUUUUACGGAGUUACAGUUCAUAUGAGGAAAUCAGUCAAUUUAAAUAAAUUCAUUAGGCCCUAAUCUAUGGAUGUCACAUGACUGCGAAUACAGAUAUGCAUCUGUUGGUCACAGAUACCUUACAAAACAAUGGGUCUCAGGAUCUCGUCACUGUAUUUUUGUGCAUUUAAAUUGCCAUCGAUAAAAUGCGAUUGUGUUUGUUGUCCGUAGCUUAUGCCUGCCCAUACCAUAACCCCACCACCACCAUGGGCCACUCGUUGACAUCAGCAAACCAAUCGCCCACACGACGCCAUACACGUGGUCUGAGGUUGUGAGGCCGGUUGGACGUAUUGCCAAAUUCUCUAAAACGACGUUGGAGGUGGCUUAUGGUAGAGAAAUGCACAUUCACUUCUCUGGCAACAGCUCUGGUGGACAUUCCUGCAGUCAGUAUGCCAAUUGCAUCUGUGGCAUUGUGUUGUGUGGCAAAACUGCACAUUUUGGACUCGCCAUUUAUUGUCCCCAGCACAAGGUGUACCUGUGUAAUGAUCAUGCUGUUUAAUCAGCUUCUUGAUAUGCCACACCUGUCAGGUGUAUGGAUUAUCUUGGCAAAGGAGAAAUGCUCACUAACGGGUGUAAACAAAUGUGCACAACAUUUGAGAAAUAAGCUUUAUGUGCGUAUGGAACAUUUCUGGGAUAUUUUAUUUCAGCUCCUGAAACAUGGACCAACACUUUACAUGUUGCAUUUUAUAUUUUUGUUCAGUGUAUAUUGUGUACUAUGUAACUAGAUUGUGUACUAUGUUUAUGUCACCAGGAGGCAUCCAGGAGGUUCUCCAUGCCCACCCCUGGACUGGAGAGCCAACUGAAACAGGAGAACUUCAUCCUGGGCAGCUCAACGUAAGACUUGGAGGGAUUCAUUAGUUGAUUGAUUGGUUAAUUGAUCGGUUAGGGUGAUUGAUUUGUUGAGUGAGUGUGUGAGUGAGUUUGAUUGACUUUAUUGGCCAUUUUAAAAACAUAAUGUGUCUUGAUUCAUAGCAACACAAUAGACAAUGUAAGACAUUGAUAUAAUGUGCACUAUAAGAAACCCCAUCUAGUCCAGCCUAACGAAGACCUAUAGUUCACACAUGACAGAAUAGAAACACAUGUCGGAUUAUGUUAUAACCUAUACAUUCCUUGUUAGACAACAUGCAUUACCAAAGCAAGUUAUUUUCUAAUGGUGUUUUUUUCUGGUAAAUGUGAUUCAACAUAUAGAGCAUGAAAAUAGGCUUAUUUUUGAUGCCUUGUUGCACCUAUUUAAAGUUCAGAAGCAAGUCCCAACAUAUCACCUGUUUCAUUUAUUAGUGUAUGUGUGCGCUUCAGGUCCAUGGCUGGACGUAUAUGUGUUGGUCUAGGAAAACUCUUUGCCUGCUAACAUUUGUUUUAGUGGAGGGCCUGUUUAUACAUUACACAACCUUCUGUUUACAGACAUCAUCAACAACAGUUUUCUAAUCUGCCGGGAUUUGAGUCUAUGACAAGGUGACAUACGACAUAGGACUCAGGUCAAAAGUAGUGUAGUGUAUAGGGGAUAGGGUGCCAUUUGGGACUUCCACAGUGUCAUUAUUGCGGUUCUCGUGAGUCCUGCCGUCUUGUCUUUGCAGCAUGGACCAGGUGAAAGGAGUACUGACUCUACAGGGAGAAGCCCUGACUCAAGCUGUGAGUAUCUCUUGUCUCUGGUUGUAGACUAUUCUCUGGAAACCUCCCAGUAGCAGUGUUUGACUGUGUUUUUAGUAGGGAUAAAAUGUUGUUACAAUGUCAGGUUCUUUCUGACUGUAACAUGUUUUCUCUACUAAAACACAUUACAGAAAGAACCUGACACAUUACAUUUACAUUUUAGUCAUUUAGCAGACGCUCUUAUCCAGAGCGACUUACAGGAGCAAUUAGGGUUAAGUGCCUUGCUUAAGGGCACAGACAGAUUUUUCACCUAGUCGGCUCGGGGAUUAGAACCAGCGACCUUUCGGUUACUGGCACAACGCUCUUAACCACUAAGCUACCUGCCACCCAUUACAGAAAGAACCUGACAUUGUAACAUGUUACAGUGGGGAAAAAAAGUAUUUAGUCAGCCACCAAUUGUGCAAGUUCUCCCACUUAAAAAGAUGAGAGAGGCCUGUAAUUUUCAUCAUAGGUACACGUCAACUAUGACAGACAAAUUGAGGGAAAAAAAUCCAGAAAAUCACAUUGUAGGAUUUUUAAUGAAUUUAUUUGCUAAUUAUGGUGGAAAAUAAGUAUUUGGUCACCUACAAACAAGCAAGAUUUCUGGCUCUCACAGACCUGUAACUUCUUCUUUAAGAGGCUCCUGUCACGAUCGUUCAUGAACGAGAAGGACCAAGGCGCAGCGUGAUAUGCAUUCAUAUUUAUUAACGACUAAACACACGACAAAACAACAAACGAAACGUGAAGUCCAAGGUAGCAUACAAACAACAUACCUUUACGGAACAAGAUCCCACAACCCACUAGUGCCAACAGGCUACCUAAGUAUUGUCCCCAAUCAGAGACAACGAGCUACAGCUGCCUCUGAUUGGGAACCACCCUGGCCAACAUAGAUCUAAACGAUCUAGAAACUAACAUAGACAAACCCAACACAGAAAAUACACACCCUGACUCAACAAAUACAAGUCCCUAGAGUCAGGGUGGGCAUUCCGCCUCGGAGGCGGAUCCGGGUGUGACCACCACUUACUCUCCACCUCCCCGUUGCGCCCCUGGUCUGGUCUGGACCUUGGCGCGCUGCUUCCUUCCUCCCACGAAGUACCACACCCUGUCUGGACCCUGGUGUGGGAGACCCCGAACCUGGAGAGGGGCUGACAUCUGGGUCUGGACUGGAACCGCUGACUGGAGCUGGACCCGACGACGGUGGAUCGAACUGCUCUGGCGCCGGGGUGGAGCCGCUGACCGGAACUGGAUCAGGCACCGGUGGAGCGGACUGCUCUGGCUCCGGAGUGGAGCCGCUGACCGGAGCUGGACUGGACCCCGGUGGAGCGGAUUGCUCUGACUCUGGAGUGGAGCAGCUGACCGGUGCCAGACCAGGCACCGGUGGAACAGGCACAGGCCGUGCCGGACUGGACACACGCACCACUGGCUUGGUGCGGGGAGCAGGAACGGGCCGGACUGGGCUGACGACACACACCCCUGGCUUGGUGCGGGGAGCAGGAACGGGCCGUACCGGACUGGCGACGCGCACCACUGGCCUGGUGCGGGGAGCAGGAACGGGCCGGACUGGGCUGACGACGCGCACCACUGGCUUGGUGCGGGGAGCAGGAACGGGCCGUACUGGACUGGCGACGCGCACCACUGGCCUGGUGCGGGGAGCAGGAACGGGCCGGACUGGGCUGACGACGCGCACCACUGGCUUGGUGCGGGGAGCAUGAACGGGCCGUACCGGACUGGCGACGCGCACCACUGGCCUGGUGCGGGGAGCAGGAACAGGCCGGGCUGGCGACGCGCACCACUGGCUUGGUGCGAGGGACAGGAACAGGUCGGACCGGGCUGGCGACGCGCACCACUGGCUUGGUGCACGGGGCAGGAACAGGCCGGGCCGGGCUGGCGACGCGCACCACUGGCUUGAUGCGAGGAGCAGGAACGGGCCGAACCAUACUGGGAACACCCACCACUGGCUUAGUGCGGGAAUCAGGAACGGGCCGGACCGGACUGGCGACACGCACCACUCGAUUGGUGCGAGGAGCGGGACUGGGUUCCUUCAUUAACCCCCGCUCCUUCUGCUGCCUAACCAGCUCCUCUCGCCGUGCCUCUACACUUUCCUUCUGCUCCCUCUGAACCAAUGACCCCCUUAAUCUGGCGGCCUCCUCUGCUAAACGGCUGAACCGCUCUAUCGCGGCCUCCUGCUGCCUCGUCGUCCACGGCGUGAGCCCCCCCCUACAUUUUUUUGGGGCUUGUCUCUCCCCCGUGAUCAUGGCCUCCAUCCCUCUUGCCAGACUCUCGCUCAUCAUCUCCCAAGUCCAUCCUCUCUCCUCGUCACGCUGCUUGAUCCAGGAUUGGUGGGAUCUUCUGUCACGAUCGUUCAUGAACGAGAAGGACCAAGGCGCAGCGUGAUAUGCAUUCAUAUUUAUUAACGACAAAACAACAAACGAAACGUGAAGUCCAAGGUAGCAUACAAACAACAUACCUUUACGGAACAAGAUCCCACAACCCACUAGUGCCAACAGGCUACCUAAGUAUGGUCCCCAAUCAGAGACAACGAGCUACAGCUGCCUCUGAUUGGGAACCACCCUGGCCAACAUAGAUCUAAACGAUCUAGAAACUAACAUAGACAAACCCAACACAGAAAAUACACACCCUGACUCAACAAAUACAAGUCCCUAGAGUCAGGGCGUGACAGCUCCUCUGUCCUCCACUCGUUACCUGUAUUAAUGGCACCCGUUUGAACUUGUUAUCAGUAUAAAAGACACCUGUCCACAACCUCAAACAGUCACACUCCAAACUCCACUAUGGCCAAGACCAAAGAGCUGUCAAAGGACACCAGAAACAAAAUUGUAGACCUGCACCAGGCUGGGAAGACUGAAUCUGCAAUAGGUAAGCAGCUUGGUUUGAAGAAAUCAACUGUGGGAGCAAUUAUUAGGAAAUGGAAGACAUACAAGACCACUGAUAAUCUCCCUCGAUCUGGGGCUCCACGCAAGAUCUCACCCAGUGGGGUCAAAAUGAUCACAAGAACGGUGAGCAAAAAUCCCAGAACCACACGGGGGGACCUAGUGAAUGACCUGCAGAGAGCUGGGACCAAAGUAACAAAGCCUACCAUCAGUAACACACUACGCCGCCAGGGACUCAAAUCCUGCAGUGCAAGACGUGUCCCCCUGCUUAAGCCAGUACAUGUCCAGGCCCAUCUGAAGUUUGCUAGAGUGCAUUUGGAUGAUCCAGAAGAUGAUUGGGAGAAUGUCAGAUGAAACCAAAAUAUAACUUUUUGGUAAAAACUCAACUCGUCGUGUUUGGAGGACAAAGAAUGCUGAGUUGCAUCCAAAGAACACCAUACCUACUGUGAAGCAUGGGGGUGGAAACAUCAUGCUUUGGGGCUGUUUUUCUGCAAAGGGACCAGGACGACUGAUCCGUGUAAAGGAAAGAAUGAAUGGGGCCAUGUAUCGUGAGAUUUUGAGUGAAAACCUCCUUCCAUCAGCAAGGGCAUUGAAGAUGAAACGUGGCAGGGUCUUUCAGCAUGACAAUGAUCCCAAACACACCGCCCGGGCAAUGAAGGAGUGGCUUCGUAAGAAGCAUUUCAAGGUCCUGGAGUGGCCUAGCCAGUCUCCAGAUCUCAACCCCAUAGAAAAUAUUUGGAGGGAGUUGAAAGUCUGUGUUGCCCAGCGACAGCCCCAAAACAUCACUGCUCUAGAGGAGAUCUGCAUGGAGGAAUGGGCCAAAAUACCAGCAACAUUGUGUGAAAACCUUGUGAAGACUUACAGAAAACAUUUGACCUGUGUCAUUGCCAACAAAGGGUAUAUAACAAAGUAUUGAGAAACUUUUGUUAUUGACCAAAUACUUAUUUUCCACCAUAAUUUGCAAAUAAAUUCAUUAAAAAUCCUACAAUGUGAUUUUCUGGAAUUUUUUUUCUCAAUUUGUCUGUCAUAGUUGACGUGUACCUAUGAUGAAAAUUACAGGCCUCUCUCAUCUUUUUAAGUGGGAGAACUUGCACAAUUGGUGGCUGACUAAAUACUUUUUUCCCCCACUGUAUCUCUACUAAAACACAUUACAGAAAGAACCUGACAUUGUAACAUGUUCUCUCUACUAAAACACAUUACAGAAAGAACCUGACAUUGUAACAACAUGUUUUCUGCUAAAACACAUUACAGAAAGAACCUGACAUUGUAACAACAUGUUUUCUGCUAAAACACAUUACAGAAAGAACCUGACAUGUUACAAUGUCAGGUUCUUUCUGUAAUGUGUUUUAGUAGAGAGAACAUGUUACAAUGUCAGGUUCUUUCUGUAAUGUGUUUUAGCAGAGAGAACAUGUUACAAUGUCAGGUUCUUUCUGUAAUGUGUUUUAGCAGAGAGAACAUGUUACAAUGUCAGGUUCUUUCUGUAAUGUGUUUUAGUAGAGAACAUGUUACAAUGUCAGGUUCUUUCUGUAAUGUGUUUUAGUAGAGAACAUGUUGUUACAAUGUCAGGUUCUUUCUGUAAUUUUCACCCUCUGUCUUCACAGGACAUCAAUCUGAAAACUGCUAAAAGCAACCAAGUGAUGCAUUUCACAUUCAGGGAUGAUAAGCACUGGAAAUUGCAACAGGUAUUGUAGGGGUGUGUGUGUGUGUGUGUGUGUGGUGGAUGGUAAUAAACAGAAUAUGAUAAAACACAUUUUGAUUGCAAAUUGACCGCAAGAAGCCUAAACAGAUAUAAUAUUGGACUAAAACAUAAUCAUAUCAUACCUUGAUUACAUUUGGGGACAUUGCCCUGCGUAGGGUGCCGUCUUUCAGAUGGGACGUUAAAAUGGGUGUCCUGACUGUCUGUGCACAUUCAAAAAGCUAUGGCGCUUAUUGUAAGAGUAGGGGUGUUCACCCUGGUGUCAUGGCUACAUUCCCAACCUGGCCACAUUUCCAUCAAGGCCACCUAAUCAACCCCCUCAUUCCUACUUGGCAUUUAUCACUCCCACGGGCUGCCAGUUGGGGAAGCAAGCUCUAAACCUAACACUGCAGUAAUCAAUAUCAACCUAGUACUAAAAAGAACAUGAGGUAGAACAAAAACACACAAGAAAGAAGAAGAAGAACACAAGAAAGUAAGAAGGCUAUAAACAGGGUCAGAAAGUUCCAGUACCAUAUUUCCAAUGUGCAGGGAUACCGGGGUGAUGGAGGUAGAUAUGUAUAGGGGCCAGGUGACUAGGCAUCAGGAUAUAUGAUAAACAGUGUUCAUUGUGAUAAAGUAAGUCUAACGUAACUGUCCAACAAUAUGCAUAUGAUCAAUACACUACACUGUUACUAGUUAUAUCGCUGAUAAUAAUACUGACUCUGUCCCCUCCAUCUCUCAGAUCUAAUAAUACUAACGCUGUCCCCUCCCUCCCUCAGAUCUAAUAAUACUGACUCUGUCCCCUCCCUCCCUCAGAUCUAAUAAUACUGACUCUGUCCCCUCCCUCCCUCAGAUCUAAUAAUACUGACUCUGUCCCCUCCCUCCCUCAGAUCUAAUAAUACUGAUGACUCUGUCCCCUCCCUCUCUCAGAUCUAAUAAUACUGACUCUGUCCCCUCCCUCCCUCAGAUCUAAUAAUACUGACUCUGUCCCCUCCCUCCCUCAGAUCUAAUAAUACUGAUGACUCUGUCCCCUCCCUCUCUCAGAUCUAAUAAUACUGACACUGUCCCCUCCCACCCUCAGAUCUAUUAGUACUGACUCUGUCCCCUCCCUCUCUCAGAUCUAAUUAUACUGACUCUGUCCCCUCCCUCUCUCAGAUCCAGGAUGCUAGGAACCAUGUCAAUCAGGCUCUGCAGCUGCUGAGUAGUAGAGAUGAGAGUUACCACUUCAAGACUGGGGCUGAGGUCAACAAGGUAGGAACACACUCAUACACACAGCUACCACUUUAAGACUGGAGCUGAGGGUAAUGAGGUUAGUUUCCACCAGGGAACUCAUGUCAGAAAUAAACUGAUUUUUGUGUCAUAGCGGAGCUAACUGGGAAGUGUCUUUCCUCUGUUAAGACUACACUACACAUCAUUGCACUACACACCAUUGCACUACACACCAUUGCACUACACAUCAUUACACUACACAUCAUUAGUCUACACUACACAUCAUUAGUCUACGCUACACAUCAUUAGUCUACGCUACACAUCAUUAGUCUACGCUACACAUCAUUAGACUACGCUACACAUAAUUAGUAUACGCUACACAUCAUUACGCUACACAUCAUUAGUCUACGCUACACAUCAUUACGCUACACAUCAUUAGUCUACGCUACACAUCAUUAGUCUAUGCUACACAUCAUUAGUCUAUGCUACACAUCAUUAGUCUAUGCUACACAUCAUUAGUCUACGCUACACUUCAUUAGUCUAUGCUACACAUCAUUAGUCUAUGCUACACAUCAUUAGUCUACGCUACACAUCAUUAGUCUACGCUACACAUCAUUAGUCUAUGCUACACAUCAUUAGUCUAUGCUACACAUCAUUAGUCUAUGCUACACAUCAUUAGUCUACGCUACACAUCAUUAGUCUACGCUACACAUCAUUAGACUACGCUACACAUCAUUAGUCUAUGCUACACAUCAUUAGUCUAUGCUACACAUCAUUAGUCUACGCUACACAUCAUUAGUCUACGCUACACAUCAUUAGACUACGCUACACAUCAUUAGACUACGCUACACAUCAUUAGUCUAUGCUACACAUCAUUAGUCUACGCUACACAUCAUUAGUCUACGCUACACAUCAUUAGUCUAUGCUACACAUCAUUAGUCUACGCUACACAUCAUUUUUCAAGGGGUGCUGGUGCUGUGCCCGUACACCGUGUACCUUUUCAUUACCUAGUACAACUUUGCUCCACUGUGUACCUUUUCAUUACCUAGUACAACUUUGCUCCACUGUGUACCUUUUCAUUACCUAGUACAACUUUGCUCCACUGUGUACCUUUUCAUUACCUAGUACAACUUUGCUCCACCGUGUACCUUUUCAUUACCUAGUACAACUUUGCUCCACCGUGUACCUUUUCAUUACCUAGUACAACUUUGCUCCACCGUGUACCUUUUCAUUACCUAGUACAACUUUGCUCCACCGUGUACCUUUUCAUUACCUAGUACAACUUUGCUCCACUGUGUACCUUUUCAUUACCUAGUACAACUUUGCUCCACUGUGUACCUUUUCAUUACCUAGUACAACUUUGCUCCACUGUGUACCUUUUCAUUACCUAGUACAACUUUGCUCCACCGUGUACCUUUUCAUUACCUAGUACAACUUUGCUCCACCGUGUACCUUUUCAUUACCUAGUACAACUUUGCUCCACCGUGUACCUUUUCAUUACCUAGUACAACUUUGCUCCACCGUGUACCUUUUCAUUACCUAGUACAACUUUGCUCCACCGUGUACCUUUUCAUUACUUAGUACAACUUUGCCAUCCAAGAGUGCCAUCCAUAUCCUUUAGUCUAUUUCCAAGCUCAACGUUUUUUCUGUUGUUGUAGCUGAUCACUGUAGUGAUGAUUGAUGAUGUUGUUGUAGUUGAUCACUGUAGUGAUGAUGAUGAUGUUGUUGUUGUAGCUGAUGACUGUAGUGAUGAUGAUUGAUGUUGUAGUUGAUCACUGUAGUGAUGAUAAUGUAGUUGAUCACUGUAGUGAUGAUGAUUGUUGUUGUAGUUGAUCACUAGUGAUGAUGAUUGUUGUAGUUGAUCACUGUAGUGAUGAUGAUGAUGUUGUAGUUGAUCACUGUAGUGAUGAUUGAUGAUGUUGUUGUAGUUGAUCACUGUAGUGAUGAUGAUACUGUAGUGAUGAUGUUGUAGUUGAUCACUGUAGUGAUGAUGAUGAUGUUGUAGUUGAUCACUAGUGAUGAUGAUUGUUGUAGUUGAUCACUGUAGUGAUGAUGAUUGUUGUAGUUGAUCACUGUAGUGAUGAUGAUUGUUGUAGUUGAUCACUGUAGUGAUGAUGAUUGUUGUAGUUGAUCACUGUAGUGAUGAUGUUGUAGUUGAUCACUGUAGUGAUGAUGUUGUUGAUCACUAGUGAUGAUGUUGUUGAUCACUGUAGUGAUGAUUGAUGAUGUUGUUGUAGUUGAUCACUGUAGUGAUGAUGUAGUUGUUGUUGUUGUUGUAGCUGAUGGACGCGGUGAUGCUGCAGCUGACCAGGGCUCGUAACCGCCUCACCACUCCAGCAGCCAUGACCCUGCCGGAGCUGGCCACCAGCGGCCUCACAGUGAGUCUGCCAUACGUCAUAUAUCAUAGGUUAUAGGUCAUAGCAGAGAAACUGGUCUCACCGUCUACUGAAUGCAUUUUACAUCACAAUGACUCUCUCUCUCUCUCCUUCUCCAGAAGAUGUUCACUCCUCCGAUGCCAGGUGAUGUGAUGGUGAACUUCUAUAUCAACCUGAGUAAGCUGUGCCUGACUGUCUACCAGCUGCACCCAAUGCAGCCCAACACCACCAAGGUACUCACAUUCACACUGUCAUGCAGAUACACUCUGCGGAUCCAACCCAACCCAGCCCUGAGGCAACAUUCACAACAAGAUCACACCUGUACGUUAGUUCUGUCACUCAGUGAAUCCAGCCCUGAGACAACAUUCACAACAAGAUCACACCUGUUAGUUCUGUAAUCACAUGUGGUAUUGUGAAGAUGCAUCAGUUUGUGUACCUCUGGUGUUUCAACAGAACUUCAGGCCAUCUGGAAGCUCUGUGUUACACAACCCUGGAGCCAUGUUGUAAGUUCUGUUUUAUAACCGUUCACAUCAUGUCAGUCAGUAACACUUUAGAGGGGGCUGUCUGUGGUCAAUACAGAGAGGAUCUUUUCAUGUCCAUAUCUUGUUGAUGUGAAGAUAUUAGUGUGUCCCUGUAACAAUACUAACUACUGUUAAAAAUAUAUUUUUGUCACUAGUCAGCAACAUAGUAAUUUAUGCUUGUUGGGUCUACCCCGGGUCCUCCCAUUUCUGAAUAAUUUCACACACACAGCCUCUCACAAGUUCCCAACUUUUUUAACACAUUUCCAAUACAUCCAACCUUUUUUUCUUUUUGAACUCUUUCCCUGCUGUCUCCCCCAGUGAGCUGAACAAUGCUAAGUUUGAAGUGAGCCAGGUUCACAAGGUGGAGUGUGUUGUCCCCUGGCUCAACAACACACUGCUCUUCUUCACCAUCUCACUGCAGCUCUGUCAGCAGCUCAAGGACAAGGUGGGUGACGUCUGCAGCAGCAGGACACUCCAUUGGUCCACAGAAUAUACUCCAGUGAAUGAGUAACUGCAGUAUUGGCAGAGAGUCAGGCUGGGCCAGUUGGUAUGAAGUAGAUGAUUCACUUUGUUCAAGUGUGUCUUUAACUAAAAGAGAUGUCAGACUAAGAAAAGAGAAGCUAGGGAGUGCUGUUUUUGCUUCUGUUAAAAAACAUAUAAAUGGUAUGAAAAGGUGCUAAUUGGAAACAAGGGUGUAAAUAGACUGAGAACCAGAGAAGUUGUGGCUUUACAGUACAAACUACACAAAGACAAGGCACUUAUUUUGUGACCUAUAUUAUAAAGCCUUUAUUAGAUUGGCUUUCCAUGACACAAUAAAUUACAUUUUCUUCCUCCUAGAUUUCAGUCUUCUCUAGUUUCUGGAACUACCGACCCUUCUAACCAACUGCCGCUAGCUGACCAUCAGAAUGGCUAGGUGUUUUAACCAACUGCCGCUAGCUGACCAUCAGAAUGGCUAGGUGUU